AGUUUCUCCAUAGUAACAAUGACAAAACAAGCCAGUUUAGCACCAGGAAGGCAAAGGGUUGACUGAGACUGCUCAGAGGAAGCACAGGAACUGUGGAGUGAAGUUGUGUCCACUUAAGGUGGACGACCGGCUCGAGGUGGAUCUGUGACAGGCGGCGGGAAAACUUAAACACAGAUAGGAGAGGAACAAAAGGGGAGAGGGUUUAAAAAUACAUUUUUUAAAUCAGAACAGAGCUGCCACUCUGGGUGGUGCACACCUCUUACCCACCCAGAAUGGACCGGGACAGUCACAGUGAGGACACACUGUCCACUAUGGUUCUGGAGAACAUAAAGAACAAACUGAUUCAUGCCUUCAGAGGGACAGCGGAGUCCAGAGAACAGCCCGUGGACUCAGGCGUCAGCGUCAGACCGCUCAGCAUGGGCAGGAGUCACCAAGCUAACGAGGAGCUGCGGCGGGCGCAGAUAGAUGGAGCGAUAACCUGGCUGAGGUCCGAACUGCUGGAAAUGCGCACUCAGGACCUCCAGCUGGCUCAGACCCUGCUGGGGCUCAACACAGAGAUCCAAAGGCUGAGGAGGGAGAGUUUUGGGGGUGUGGAGGUAGAGGGGGACGAGCAGCAUUGAGCAGCCCCAGCAGAAUGCCCCUUCCCUGGGGAAGACUUCAGAAUGAGCAAGGGAAGACUGACUGGACUCCGUGGCUGGACAAAGAAAAGACUAAAGACCAACCACAUCUGCUCACAAUAGAUCGAUGCAAUCAGUUAUGUAGCUGUAAGAGUUAAAUAUGUCAAACAGAAAGCCUAACUGAUAAAAGCUGUACUGAAACACAACUUUAUGGAUGUAAAAAUAUCAGUUAAUUAAAAUGGACAAAACAAAUUACU